UUCAAAACGCAAUUCCUUAAUGGCGAUCUUCAUAGGAAUUCAUACAGAUUUUAAUUGAUUUUGGUAAUCUUUACACUCCAGAAUCCUUAUUUAAGAUAAUCAGAAUAUAUAAAUGGAGGAAGAAGAAGAUUCAAGAAAGAUGUCUGCGACAUACGUAAGAAGUACCAAGGAAAGCACAGUAGAUUUAAGUGACAUAACAGAGGAGUUUCUAACAUGCCCUAUUUGCACCGAGGAGUUCGCGGAUCCGCGGAUGUUACCGUGCCUGCAUUCUUUCUGCCAUCAUUGCAUCUCAGAUUACAUUGUUGAAAAUACACGUGAAGUAAAAUCAGCCAAGUCUUUCGCGUGCCCUGUUUGUCAGGCAAACGCUGACGCCAUCAAUCCAACGAAUUCGGUACAAACAUGGGCAGACGACCUUCCUGUAAAUAACUUUAUUUUUGGCCUGAUUGAUGCAAUUCAGCUACGGACAGGCGAUCGACAGUGUGACCCUUGUAAGAAAAUGGAUAAAUCAAAUAUGGCUACCAUUUGGUGCCAUCAGUGUGGCGAGGCAAUGUGCGACUCGUGUACGGGACUACAUAACAGUAUGAAAUACUCAACGGGGCAUAUCACCUCAGAUAUAGACGAAGUGAAACAAACUCCAGUGAAAACUACUCAAUUGAGGUUGCAAUGUCCGAAACAUGAGGCAAAGUUCUUAGAUUAUUAUUGUUCCGAUCAUGGAGAGGUAUUGUGUACGUCAUGCGUGACGUCAAAUCAUAGAGACUGUAAGAGCGUACAAUUUGUGAGUGAAGCUGCUGCCACGCUGAAGCAUGAUGGGAAAUAUAUCUUGGAUAACCUUUCCAAAAUUACGGAAUGGUCUGUUCGAGUUAUGGAAAACAGAAAACAAUGUUUAAAGGAUAUUCAAGGAGCGGCAGAUUCGGUGAAAGACCAAAUUAAAAGCAUACGAAAUAGAGUUAACGCUAUUCUAGAUGUACAGGAGAAAAAGAUGAUUGCAGAACUCAAACAACACGAAGUGGAGGAGGCUGAACAGUUCGAAAAAGAAAAGAAUCGUUGUAAGGAAAUUAUAAGCAUCACAAGGAAUGCGAACGCUCUCUUGAAAAAUUCACUCAAACACGGGACUGAUACCGACGUCUUGUCUUGUAUGGCCAAAAUAAAAUCGGCAACGCGAAAACACGAAAAAGAGGUCAGAGAUCUAUGUAAGCGGCUCAAUACCGUCCAAAUUGAGUUUCGUGAAGACGAUUCGAUAAAUGAAAUGCUGGCACGUCUUGCUGAAGAGGUUGGACAUUUUUCCGUGUCACGACAGACAGUCAAUAUUCCUCCUUCGUACCACGUGAGGGCAGAUACAAUAUUUAUCACACAGAAUGAAGACGAUGACGAAGAAGAUGAUGAGGUUGAGCAAAAUAUGUCAAAACAUUCAACUCCAUUUGGUGGCAAAGGGUCGUCUGCAAGCAAAAUAUCAAAACCCUCACAUUCAACUAUUAAAGGAGCUAACUCGGCAAGGACAAGUGGGAAAAGUUCUGUUAAUUCGAAAAGAAGAGGAUCCCAAUAUCACAAUUUUAAAGGUCAAGGUAAUUCAUCAAAACCCUUUUUGUAUUCUGCUUCAGCUCGGGGUUCUCCGAAAAAGGGAAAGAUAUACUCAUCUCAGUUACUGCCUAUUCCUUCCUCAAGAAUGAAAGAAGAUAGUGAUAGAACUCAGGAAACAUCAUCUGAAAGUACAAAUUGUUCACCUCAGCCAACAGCAUAUCGUCUCAGUGGGACAACUCGAAUAAGUGGAGAUAUCUCAGCACGUGUCAACUACACACCAAUAUCACCGGGAAAACUGCCGGCUGUUCGGAAAGGAGCCAUUAAACGAGCACUCCCAGAUACUACCUUUGUAGCCCGCACACCAAAUGACCGUGAUAAUGCAUGUUUGACGGGCGCCACGUUUUUAUCCGAUGGAAAAAUUGUUCUUGUCGACCAAGUUCAUCGAAAGAUAAAGCUAUAUGACGACAUGCAACGAUGGGUUUCUGAGAAAGUCUUGUCAGCACGGCCUUAUGAUAUAACUGAAAUUGCACCUUUCGAAAUAGCAGUCACUAUUCCCAAAGAAAAACGUGUUUUAAUUUUAUAUGUGCGCAAUCCAGAAAUAUCUGUUUCGUCAAGUUUUCAGACAGGAUCAAAAUGCUGGGGAAUAAGUUCAUCUCAAGGCACUAUUGCAGUUUCUUGUUACACCGCUCCACCAUGCGUCAAAUUGAUGACCCGCGACGGCAGAGAAAUUAAGACAAUUAACGCUGAUCACUACGGUCAUCAGUUAUUUUUCUUUCCCGAAUAUGUAGCGUUCGAUAAAAUAGGGGAAACGUUGUACGUUACAGAUAGGUAUAAAAAGUCCGUCAUUUCCGUGACCGUCCGUGGUGAGAAACGAUGGGAAUUAAAACCACAUUCUCUGAAGGCACCACGUGGAAUUACUGUACACGGUACACGCGUGUACAUCGCUGGGAGUAGAUCUCACAAUAUCUGUGCUAUAACGACUAUGGGAGAAAUGUUGGGUGACGUCAUCAAGCAGAACCUGUCGUCACCGCACAAAGUCUGUCUGAACUCACAAGGGGACACAAUGCUUGUGACACAGCAUGCUAUAACAUUGAUACCCGUUGAGAAAAACACUGUCAAGCUGUUCAAACUACAAACAGAUUGGCGGGAAAACUUUACUGACACCGAUUCAAAAUUUUCAGAUUUAGUUGAAUGACUCUAAUUUCUAAAACGUAUUUAUGAUAUUUGUCAUACAUUAAUUACAUAGAUAUUAAUUAAUUUAUACCCGUCUUUCAUAACAUAUUCACAUUUCUUAAUCAAGCUUUUCAUGGCAAUUAAUAACGAUACAUUAAUGCGCCCCAUUAAUGCCACUGUGGUUUAUUUGUUAAGAUCCAAAUGUUUCUUUGAAAUGACUCUGUAGUUUAAAUGU